GCUUUGCAAGCACAAGCGCGCUGGCACAGAAGCAUGGCUGUUCGGCUCUUUGAGGGUAAAAAGCAGGCAGCUGCUUACCUGCAGUACAGACUCGCACCGCAUGAACUCACCAGCAGGAUUAUGAGCUUCAUGGAGAAAAAGCAUUGACUAUUCCCUGUAAACAGCUAACACUCAAUCCCUUUUAGACACCAAAACAGUUCAACCUUGCAGUGGAUGUGGGCUGCGGUUCGGGGCAAGGGACAACCCUUUUGGCCCCGUACUUUACGAAGGUGGUCGGAACAGACGUCAGUCCCACCCAGCUGGAGAUGGCGCUGGUCCGUGGCUUCCCUGCAAAUGUGUCAUACAAGUGAGGCGGAGGGAAAUUGUCCGGCUGAGGAGCUCCCCUUCACGUCCGGAGAGGUGGACCUUGUGACGGCCAUGACGGCAGCUCACUGGUUCGACCACCAGCGCUUCCUCCAGGAGGCUGACAGGGUCCUGAGGCCUGGAGGCUGCCUGGCCCUCCUGAGCUACACCGUGGACAUGGAGCUGGAGUAUGGGGACGUGUCCAACACAUUGAAUGACAUCUGUAAAGAAUUUUACGCUGCCCUGCUUCCUUUCCGAAAUCCCUAUAUAGGAUCAAGCUCUCUGAAGAUCUACUCAGACAUGUUUGCCUCCUGCUCCUACCCAGACAAAGAGUGGAACGAGUGUCUUUGCGUAAAAAGAACCUUGCCACUGAGUGGAUAUAUUGGCAUGGUGGAGACCUUCUCCAGCUACCAGGCCCUGCAACAACAGGACCCUGCGGAGGCUGAACGUCUCUCUAAUGACAUCAGGAACAAGUUGCUGUCUACCAUGAAGGUUUCUUCUCCGGACACAGAGGUUACAGUGAUUGUCAAGUAUUUCUACUGGCUAGCACGCAAACCCUGAACAUUCUGACUGCCUGGAGUGUUUACAAGUCUUUUUUGGCUUGUUGAACUAACUCUACUACUCUACCACUUACAUUUUUCAAGGCACCAAGAAGCUGAAAUGAUCCAGUGAUUCAGAAAGAAAAAUCAUUUUGAAAACGAAGCUGGAAACAUUUUACUUUUGGAUAAAGAUAUCUGAGGUUUUUACUCAAGUAAUAAUAAAACAAUUAUGUUCUGAAGCUACUGUUUAAUGAACUCCAGGCUUGACCUCUGUGCAUGCAGAGUUCUCCAGAGUGAACACUAGAUGGAGCCCUGUCAUACAGUGAUGGAUGAGUGUCCACUUCGAGCCUCAUCUACAAUGUUAAAAGCUUUUAUUUCUUUAAAAAUGAGCUUCCUAUUUCAUGACCAGGAUGAUAGAAAACUGCACUGAAAACAAACUCACUUUAACUUCUUAUAUCAUUGAUUUAGAGACAUAAAUUUGUUGUAUUUGAACAUAAUUCUACUGUUAAUUGCAUUAAGUAUGAGCAAAUCAUCAUUAUGUUGCACUGCUUGGUUUCCUUAAGAAACAUAUACAGCUCUCAAGUGUCUCAGAGAUUGCAGAUGAGAUGAGGAUUGUGCUUAUUUUAGUGAUUCGACUCUGUUAGACAAUAAAGGACUCAGGGCGCUUUCCUCUAUUUCUAGCUCUCCUUUCCCCCAUUUCUUCACCUCUCUGCCAAAUAUAUAACACAUCAUUUAUCCAAGCCA